AACAAAAUUAACAACAAAAACAAAAACAGUCUCGCAUAAAAACAUCAAGUGUUGCUGUGAAAGUGGGCAAAGCGCGGACGCAACAAUUUUAUAUUUCAUCGUGGCACAUUUGUGGAGGUUUUAGUGCCAUCCGUGUCGCUUUUUAUUUGCGCCUGUCGGUCUUCGUGAUCUGACAGAUUGUUGAUCGCCUGUACGUAAGGUUAUUUAUCGCCUAAAAUGGUUAAACUUUAUGCCAUGAGUAUUUUGUACAAAAAUCCAAACAGUGCCGUUUGGUUAAAGGCUGCCUAUGAUCUGCAAACCUUUAGCUUUUUCCAACGUGGAAGUGUUCAGGAAUUUAUGGCAUUUGUAAGCAAGACUAUUGUUGAGCGGACCCAAACUGCAGCAAGGCAGUCUGUGAAAGAGGGAGAAUAUAUGUGCCACGUUUAUGUUCGAGGAGACAACCUGGCUGGAGUUAUUAUAAGUGAUCAUGAAUAUCCUCAAAGAGUAUCCCAUACUCUCUUAACUAAGGUUUUGGAUGAAUUUGCCCAGAAAUAUCCUCCUCACGUAUGGCCUACAUCUUCAGAAUCCAGCAUUGCAUUCAACCAGAUCAACACAUACCUGGCCAAAUAUCAAAAUCCCCGAGAAGCUGAUGCCAUGACUAAAAUUCAAGAAGAGUUAGAUGAAACUAAAAUUAUCCUGCACAGUACUAUUGAGGCAGUUCUGGAAAGAGGAGAAAAAUUAGAUGACCUUGUUGCAAAGUCAGAGGGCCUAAGCAUCCAGUCCAAAGCAUUUUACAAGACUGCAAGGAAGACCAAUUCAUGCUGUAAUUUUGGUUGAUUGGGCUUGAAUUUCAAUCUAAUUGAUAUGUUCAAAUGAUAAGCUGCAGAGCAUUGUUAAUUUGUUUGUGUCCAGUAUUCAUUAUGUGUGAUAAAGCAGGUUUCUAUCAAAGCAUGUCUAAUUUGUUCACUUAGAAAUACAUUCCAGGCUUAUUGUUCUUGUGGAGGUGUACUUGCAUGUGGAUAACUAUUAAUGGUCUUGGUGAUCUCUUAAGUAACUUGACUGCAAGGUUUCCAUAUGGGAAAAGUGACCCACCAGCUUUACAGUUCUAUUUGGACUCUUAUUGAGUUUUAAGCUUUCUGAAUGUUCUAGAACUUGAGUGUGUUAUAUAUAAAUUUUAAAUAAUCUUAUUGUAAAAUAAUGACCUUAGCAGCAUGUUAUCCCAGGCUAUGUGUACAACUUUAUGUAAGGUUGGAAUGCAAUUGCCAAGUCAUAGAUUAAAUUAUUAUUAUUAUUAUAAAGAAUCAUCUGGAGGAUGGUGUACUAAGUUAUAAUACAUGAAAUAAAUUUUAAAUACUGGCUCGAAAGAAGGUGUUUGGGUACCUUGCUUACAACCAGCUGGUUCUGCUCGGCCUGAUGUAUCCUUAUCCUUUUAAGUGUCUUUUUAAUUGGAGUCUGGGGGUUUCAAUGUGGUUUUGAUUUCCAGUGUGCUGUGUUGUAUUUAUGAUCACUAAAUUAUAUCAGUUUAUAAUUGAAUUUGAUUGAUCAGGUAAGGGGGUAUCAACCCUGCAAUCUCUUAAUUUCUGAGUUAAGUACGUAGCUACAUCUGAUUAGGGAAUGAGAAUGGAAGAACUCAUCUAAAUCUCAUUUCACUUGUUAAAAGCAGCUAAAAGUAUAUAUAAUCUGGUCUAUUUUAGGGUUGCUACUCCCUGCAGAAGAAAACCAAUGUUCUGAUACCAUCUUUGCAAUGGCUCCCUACCGGCUGUGACAAGAGCCUCCUAAUUUGCACUAAAUGACAACUUUUUGUAUGGUCUCUGUUAUAGUAAAUUUCAUUAUUGUCACUACGACUGUUCCAAAUUAGCUAUGUAUCUAUUUUAUUAUUCUGUUGAAAUUAAAAUUAUUUUUAAAGCUCUGUUUGUAUUUAUAAAGAACCAUGGACUUUUAUUUGAGAUAGGUUAUUAGCAGAACUCACAAGUAAAUGAUAUCUACAGUGCUCGCUCCAAGUAAUUUUCUGCUGCGCCUGAUGUCACUAACUCAGUGUGAUUUGCUACUGCCAGAUUGCAAGGUGUUCCUCUCUUGGCCAAAACUUAAAUAGUAAUCUUAGGAUUGGUCUGGCUAUUAUCUCUUUGUAAUUUUGCCCUUGAACAGAAUGCUUGUAUCAGUUGAAAUUGUCUUGUUUUCAAGAUUGUUUAUUUUAUGGUGGUAGAUGAUAACUGUCACUGAAUUGUACCUUGAACUUGGAGCCAAUUCCUAAGCUCCUUUUAACACAUAUGUAUAUUAAACUGCAUUAAUUAAAUUUGUCCACAUUGAGACUGCCACAUA